AUGGUGCCUACCCUCCUUGCUCUUAGCAGAGCAUUCAACCGCAGACCUGAGUAUGUGCAGGCACUAGGCGGGCACAAGAUCGAGUUCGUCGUCGGCCUGCCUAGCGGCUACAUGCACGCAGAGCACCCAAGCGCCUGCCAUCCUAUUAAGGAAUUCUUCGGCCACCCCAGUGGUAAACACUUCGCCUCCGCGCGCGAUUUCAUCGAGCAUUGCGUGUCCCUGAUGGGCAUUGGCGGCUACGGCCUACACAACUGCGCCUGCAAGCUCUGCUAAAGAAGGUAUGUGGAUAUAUCUGUACUAGGAGUAGCAUCAGUAUGGCUAACAUAUCAUGCAGCAUCUUCAUACCCAUCUCUUCCGCCCUCCUACGACGCAGUAACACGUCAGUCUCUCUCGCAAAUCAGGCCACUACAUCGCUAUAGACAGCGCGCAUCGUGUCAACA